AUGCCGUCAUUUGGACAGUCAUUGGCAAGUAGCAACUCUUUUCGACACUUUCCUCACAAAAACAUAUCCUGCUUUGCCAACAGGGAUGAUCUGGAAUUGUUUUUUGCUUCGGGUGGGACACUCGUCGCUGUCGACUUGACUACAAAAACGCACCCAUACAAGGUGUUGGACAUUGGAGCGACGUACGAGAUUAGAGAGAUCAAGCUCAAUCCUAUCAAGACCUUAUUGGCGUUGAUCUGCUUGCAACAUGUGAUAAUUGUUGAUUUGAAAGACAUCCCUUAUUCUGAUCCCAAUGCUUCGUGGCAACCGCUCAAGUUCGUCGUUGGAGGGUCAGACGAGGACUUCUUGUCUGCAACGUGGCAUCCUGCUAAUAGUACGUCCACAGAGAUCGUGGUGCUAACGAAACUGCGAAUUCAAUCCUUCGACAUUUUCUCUUUCAAUCAUUAUAAACAAUUCGACAAAUCACUUGUUGAGCUUGGCAUAAAAGAUGGUGCCACUUCGAUAGCAUUCGGCUCUUCCUCAAGCUUACCAGGCUCUUUGACUCUUUAUGUUUGUACAUCAAGUGGUCAUAUUCACUGCAUCUACCCAUUUUUGCACAAGCAGAGAGCUAUCAGAGCAACCAUAGCCUCAAUAGAUCUGUUUGUCGCUGAAACACAGGAACUUGUCGACUCCAUAUUGCCAAAAUACCCUCCUCGAGUCACUGCAGGGCACCCUUCGAUCAAUGACUUGUUGACACAACUCAAUUUUGCGACCCAUCUCAAAGAGCAAGCGAGUUCUUUGCUGUGGCCGUCCUCAAAUUCUCAAAAAUUUCUUUGUUUAAAACCCAUGGAGAUUGGCAGCUUCACAAUUGGUCCUUUAGCGCAGGUGCCCAAAGGUUCGAAAAUUAUACUGACUGAAAGCUCAGAGUCGAUUAUCGUUGCCUACAAUGAUACCUCUUCUCAAUUUGAGAUUGCAUAUUUGGCUCAGUUUAGCCCACUUAUCAUGACUAUGACAUACGACAUAUCUAGACCUGAACAAGCUAACGGUAAGUCUAAUGCAAUGAAAAAAUCGGACGGUUCGAAGUAUGUGAGGCCCAAUAAAGGCUUUGGUUUUGUGGUGGAUUCAGACGACGAGGCAGACACAAAUGAUGAAACACAGCUUCAAGAAUACAACAAAAACUGGGAGUUUUAUGAACUUAAAAUAAAAUGCAUGAAGUUCAUUUUAAACUUUGGGAAACUCACAGUUUUGGCCAGUGAGGCGUAUCACAAGAAACUGCAAAACCCUCUGCAUAUCAAAGCCAUAAGCAAUGGCAGGCUAGUAAUUGGUGCUGGCACUACAAUCCUAUUGGCUGACUAUAAUGAAUGGUUAUCGAAGCUUAGGAGUGAUUUCCCUCAGGGUGCAGAGAAGUUUACGUGCUCUAAGUCGAUAUUCACCACCGAUGAAGCAAUCAAUGCUUUUGAUCUCAUUGAUGACACGAUAGCGGGAUCUGGUAUUCAUAUACUUGCUGAGCUAGUUGGCGGAGGAGUUAUUGUUGCUCCAAUCCAUACCCACGAGCACAAGAAAGUUCAUCCCAGACCAAAAGAAAGUAUGAGCAGCAGGUUCACACCCACAACUAUUCGUGAAGGCGGCAUUUCGUGUCUGGACUUGAAGAAGCUAAUACCUGAAAUGUCAAACUCUCCACCGAAGUUUACCAGUAACCUGAGAGACGCGUCUGAUCUACUUGCUUUGACAAAAAUCUCAGAUUUGAUGAGGUCAAGAGUGUUCCAGCUCUCCAAAUUCAUUGUUGCUCUCAAUUGCAAGCUAGAGAUUCAGCAGCAAAGAAACAGUUUCCAUGGUGAGAAGCUUUCAUCUUUCAAAGUGAUCUCUAAUUACAUUACUAGAGAAGCCCAAUACAGUUCUCAAAUAAAAAACUUGAAAGAUCGUCAGAUGCAGCUUGAAAGCCGUGCAAAGAAAGCAUACUUAAGCAUAAUUAACCGCCUUGAAGCUAUCAAGCAAUUAAGACAAAUGCCGCUUUCCAACGCAGAACAAUCGUGGUUCCGUGAAUUGAAUGAACUCGCGACAAAAUUGAAAAGCACAUCCGAGCCUGAAGGCUUCGGCACUAGACUUCAGGCUUUCGUCAAACAGUCCAAGCAGUUGAUAGAAACACUCAAGCAGUCGCCUCCCACUGAUCAACUAGAGCGUAGCAUGUACCUGUUGCUGUUGAAUAAUAACGUUCUCAACGUGGGACAGCAUCUACUGACACAGGCACAACUUAUUGAACUGGUCAAGGAGAGACUUCGAAAAAGCAUUGAAAGCUUGCAAAUAGUGACUGGCGUUUAA